GGAACCUCUGAAGGAGGAGGGUGCGGGCUGCUCCGAGUUCCGGCGCUGGUGCCGCAGCCGCCGCUGCCAACUGUGGCGGCUGCUGCUGCUGCCUUUCAUCCCGAUCCUGGCACUGAUCGUCCAGACCACCGUCUCGUUGAAGCACAGCCUCACCAACGGAAUGGAGGUCGCCGAUGUAGAGGAACAGGUCAGCCGAGCUACAGAACUGGGGAAACUGGUGACCAGGCUUCAACAGGAGCGCUCAGAGGUGGCAUUCUUCAUCUUCACCAAUGGAAGCACGCUAAGGUCGAACCUGACGCAGCGUUUCGCGGGCACGGAUAGCGCGUUGCAGCAGAUGGGCGAGCUCCCCCCCCUCGUGUUCAAGAACCGCCACACGCCCGUCGACGAGACCACCUUCCUGGCUGAGCUGUCCGAUCUCAGAGCGAAGAUCAACCCCGGUACUUCUAUGGCCCAAGCAGUUGAGUGGUACACGAAUGCCAACGCAGCUCUUCUCACUCAUCUCACCAAAGAAAUCAAGGACACGGACAGCAGCACUAUAUGGAGAUACCUAGUGGGCUUCAAGAACUUGCUCCGCAGUAUAGAGUGCAAGGGGAUAGCGUCAGUUCUCGGCAUCAACUACUUCGCCAGAGGAUACCUCCAGCCGCGGGCACACGAACGAUACAUCUCCCACAUGGUGCUUGGUAGAGACCUGUUGGAUAACACUAUGAACCUGGUGCCGUCGCUGAUCCCUCUUCACAUGGACAUAAAGGAGGACAGUCCAGAAUACCAAGUAUUGGAAAGAAUCAACCAGCAGAUCGUAGAAAACAAACACCAGGAGGGGAGUGUGAGCGAUGCCAUAGAGUAUUUCGACCAGACCGCAACCCUGCUGGACAAGCUCAGGGCCGUACAGAAGCAGCUCAGGGAAUACAUCAGGGACGGUGUAAACGAGAGCCUACGAGACGCGCGGCGCAGCGAGGCGGUGUGCGCGGGCAUAUUGGUGCUGGUUUGCGUCGUGUCGCCCAUCAUCAUAGCGCUCGUCCGGAACGCUGUCAACACCAUACAGAUAUACGCACGGAACCUGUCAGAGAAGGCCAAAGAGUUGGAGUAUGAGAAGGAGUUGAGCGACUCCCUCCUGUACCAGAUGCUGCCGGCCACUGUGGCGAAACAGUUGAAGCAAACGCAACAGGUGCCGGCGGAAUUUUUCGCGUCAGUGACUGUGUACUUCAGUGACAUUGUCGGGUUCACCGCCAUCGCAGCUGUGUCCACGCCAUAUCAGGUAAUAAGUUUCCUGAAUUCUGUAUACAAACUGUUCGAUGAGAGGAUCGAAUGCUACGACGUGUACAAGAUAGAGACGAUUGGAGACUCCUACAUGGUGGCGUCCGGGCUACCUGUGAGAAAUGGUAACAAGCACGCGACAGAGAUAGCGAGUAUGGCGUUGGAGCUGCUGGAGGCGACGUCCAUGUGCCGCCUGCCGCACCGUCCUGAUCAGACGCUAUGCAUGAGGAGUGGAAUCCACACUGGUCCCUGCGUCGCGGGGAUAGUGGGCACCAAGAUGCCCAGGUAUUGUCUCUUCGGUGACACCAUUAAUACCGCCAGCCGCAUGGAGAGUACCGGGGAACCGAUGAAGAUACAAAUAUCUGAUGACGUGAAGAGGGCAUUGGAUCGAACUGGACUGUUCGUUACAGCGCCACGUGGAGUUGUGGAUGUUAAGGGCAAAGGAGAAAUGAUGACGCACUGGUUGGAGGGACGCACUGGACCUUCGCCAGUCAGGCCUCACACUUCCUCGCUCGACUGCACCCCGAGUUUCCUCACCAGAAUACACUCACAACGAUCCUCUCCUAGAUAUAGACCUGAAUCGAACCGUUCCAACUAACGUGCAUAAAACACCCAAUUAAUUAUUGGCACUUGAGUACAGAAAAUUCUAUUAUUAUUGGCAUUAAAAAAAACACAAAAUAAUUGGCAACUACAGAGAAUCCUAUCAUUUACUGGCAUUCCUUUUCAAACAAAAUCUAAGGCGCCAAUAAUAAUUAUAGGAACUUCAACGAUUCGAUAGUUUGCCCUAAUAAGGUGUUGUUACGAUUAUGUAAUGUAGGUAGGUAUACCUAACUAGAUUAAAUAGACACCAGCCUACAUUAAGCUUCUGUCGCUUUAAUGUUGUAUGAAUGGUGCCAUAAUAAAAGUAAAUUGUUAUGAAUGUAUGUA